AUGGCAAUAGAAGCUGUACCACCAAAAACCAUGGCCACCUACCGUUCCACCACUGUGCAGGUUCUGGUCCAUAACAACUUUUCAGAACCGUUCGCUAUUGUGCCUGGUGUCCGAAAAGUCUGUAUUACGUCGCCUACAACUACGCCCUUUACCUGGAUUCAUUGGAUGACCCUCCGUGAAGAGGACGGUGUUGAUUUUGUACCCAGCCGCCGGCUACCUGAUCUCUAA